CUGUCGGGGCGAUCCCCCUUCAUAUGUCAAGCUCAGUCGCCACAGGACCCUGCGCGAUUGCGAUGCCAGUUGCGCUAGACUGUGGAACUGGUAGGAUUUCGAAUCGGCGACGUCAACGUAUCGAGCUGGACUCUACACCGCAAUGCUCGGUGUCGACCUCCAUAGGGAUCCCAGCACCACCGCAGUCACAUUGACCAAUCUAGAGGACUAAAAACGCAAUAUGGUGCGCCUGUGUGUGCCUGCUGGCGACGACCAGCAUGCUCUCACGCGCAGACCACGCCUUGGUUUCUCCGCCGCAGAACCGUCUCUGAUUUACUCUCCGUUUCGCGCCUGUCUCAUCGCUACUGGCUUUACAGCAUUCACUUCCAUACUUGGGCUGGCACGACCCGGCACCUUCCUACGUAACGCUGCCUUCUGUGGAUUGACCGACGGAGCGUUAACAGCAUUGGGUAUGUACGGGAGACAUGAGCUCAAUCGGGGUGUGUUCAAGCUGGAUGGAUUAGAAGACCCCAAGCCCUUCAAGCUAUGGGAGCGAACAAAACAGUGGACUCUGGAAGAUGCCUCUCUUUUUGGAGGCGCGAUCGGGCUUCUGAUUGCAUCGAACCCACGAAUGCUUCCCGGUGCCACUGGCAUGUCCCGGUUCUUCGGUGCUACAAUCGCGGGUUGUGCUAUCGGAGCGAAAACAGCAGAGUGGGCAUUCGCGCCACUCCAGGCGCAACGCAUAGAAUGGGCACUUACGAUGCAAAGGCGAGCACAUUAUCAGCGGCUUUCGCAGGACGAGAGAGCGAAAGCGUCGCUCUCGCGGUUCGGACAGGCAUUGCUGAUGUCGGACACUGGCGACAGCCCCCUCAUGCGGAUACUGAGCAAGCCAUUCGGAGGCUUGUCAGGACCGGGGAAUUCCGGCAGUGCUCCAGCCGUUCAUGGCCACAAAGAUGCGCAGGUGGAGGCUAUGCGACAGAUGAAGAUCCAGCAGGGGCACGCAAAGCGAUUCGUCGUCAUGCUGGCCGAGUUCGAAAUGGACGAGCUAGCAGCACCUGACUACGAGGGCGGCCACCGACAAUACCGCAUGGACGCAACGGAUACAGACCUGGAAGCAUUGCAAGAGCAUUUGGAAGAUUUGAACAAACUACAAGCCGAGGAAGUCAAAGAGCUAGCGUUCGUGUGGCAGGAGCUGGCACCCAAAGAACACAAGUUGCACCAGCUACCACAGGAAGAUCCCGAGAAGGAACUCACACGCCGCGAGCUACAGCUACUCAAUAGUAUCGCGACUCACACCAGCGUCCGAUUGGCUGUUAUUGCGUAUGCACAGGCCGAUGCCCGUAAGCGACUUGCCCAGAUCAGAAACGAGGACCCAACCGCGAUCUCGAAGAUACGAAUGUCUGCGUCAGGCGAGUCGACCUCGAACGAAGAUUUUGACGAGAGCUACGUACCACAGAGGGUCGCUGCACGCAUCCGCAAGCGUUGGGAGAGCUGCAGGACUGAUGCGGCACAGAUCGAGCACAUGCUUUCCCAGUUUGAUGAACUGAAAGCUCAAGGGUUGAUGCACGGUCUUAUGGAUGCCGCCACUAACGAGUCAGUUAAGAACAUCAGAGAAACCCAAGCCCAGCUAAAUCUGAACAUUGUCGCGACAGAAAGGCUGCUGAGAGCUUAUGAGGACCGGAUCAGCAAGGUAGAUGCAGGACUGAGCAAAUGAUCGCCAUGCCUAGUGGAGUCGUCACCAUACGAGAACCUUCUGGAUGCCAGACCGAAACCUCAGACACAUCGUGCGAUUGCCUACUCAUAGCCACUCAUAUGGUGGCUCCUGCCAUCGCGACACCAAGCCGUCAGACCUUGCUGUGGUCGCAUUGGGCCGAUUGCA